CAAAAAUAUUUUAUUUUCUUCUAUUAAUGAAUAAAUAUAUCGAAAAAUGUCUGUACAAUUAAAUUUUAGUACAACCUCUGAAUAUGAGCUAAUAGAAUAUCCUGGAAUGGUUAAGAAUACGGAUAAAAUGAUAAGCACAUUAGGUGGUAUAACCAAAAUAUCCCGGGCACUGGGAGGCGAUACUAAACGUUUGGAGCUACGUUACCAUCCAGACAAUCCAUUUAAUAAGCCUCUAAGUGGCGAAAGCAGUAAACGAGCUGGUCUUUUAUUGUCAGUAAAAGUGAGAAAAUCAAAACGUGAUCCCAACAAGCCACCACAAUAUACCAUUAAGAUUAUGGGCUAUAUUAGUAAGAGUUUUACAUUUGAAUCUCUUUGUGAUUUUCAAUAUUUACCCUUAGCUGUGGAUUCAAAAUUGGCUAAUGGUGAAUUAAAAAAUGUUUUGGAUGCAAUAGUGCCAAAAUCAGUAAUAGAUUUUGAUUAUUUUAAUCGCCCGGAUAUUCAAUUAAUGGCUCUACCAACGGUUUUCGCCCGUUCAGAUGUUGUGCAUACAACAAUAUUUCGUGGUGAUUUUUCCAAGGAAGAUGGUCAAAAUGAGACAUUGGGUGUGCUAAGUAAGUCAAGUUAUGAAAGUCGUGAUAUGGUAACCUUCAAUAUGCUAGACACGUUCCCCACCAGACCAGAUCCACAAAUUUUAAAGAAAAUGAAAGUGAAAUACGUAUCCGAUGAACAAUUGCAAAAAGUUAAAAAGCUAUUUGAAGAGUGUCCCAUUUGGACACGUAUUGCCUUGCUGUAUGAGUCUGGCGUAUCACAUGAUAAACUCAAAUGUAUUACACCCUCUUUGGCCUAUUAUUUUACCACAGGUCCUUGGCGUACUAUGUAUGUGCGAUAUGGCUACGAUCCACGUAAAGAUUUUAAUUCUCGCUACUAUCAAACUUUUGAUUUUCGUUUAAGAUUUAGAUCUGGGGUAUCGGAGUUUGUUUCAGAUCGUAAAACCACCAUUAAGAAGCUACAAGAAAAUCCGUAUGAAAUAAAUGCUUUGGUACAAGACAUCAAUUAUCCCUACUUUGAUGAACACAAAUUGCCCAGAUCUAGACAGUGCAUGAUGAGGUACUGCGAUAUACGCAUUACCAAAAUCCAAGAAAUGUUGGAGAAAAUACCAUCACCCAUGGCAGGAGCUAUAUGUAAUGAACGCACCGGCUGGUUGCCUCAAGGCUUUGAUGGUCAAGUGCGUCAGAUUGUAAGCAAUUCAAUAAAGGAGUUGCUGAAAAACUAUUAUCGCAAAGAACAAAUUCAUGCAGAAGUUGAUUCUUAUGAAAAUGAGGAACCCGAGGAUGCCGAAGAAGAGGAGGACGAUGAAGAAAUUGACGAUAGUAUGAUGAACGAUGAACAAUUGGUGGAAAUAUUAGAUGAUAUGCAACUAGAAGGUGAUGGAAAUACAUAAAACAUUUAAAUUAUGUG